UGAUGAGAAAAUAUUAAUCUUUGUUUUUCAUAAACAUAAAAAAAAGAAAUUAUAUUUUGUUUUUUUUUUUAAGAAAUAAAUUUGUUUGAGUAAAAUAUUUGAUAAUUAGUAUAAAAAUAACUGGUAUAAGGAAUUUAAAUCACUUAUUAUUGCUGGAUAAUUUUUCUAACUUGUCCAUUCAUUAGAGAAAAAGAAAAAUGAUUGAACUGAUUGAGGAUGAGCUGUAUUUCAUCUUAAAGUCAAGGCAGAGUAGUUUGUGGUGUAGUAAGGUGGAUGGUUCCCUAUCAGUGCACCCAUCUGAUGACAUCAUGAAGACAUUAAACCCUGUCUGUCAUGGGGUCGUACAUGGUUUGAUUGGAAAAUUCAAAACCAGACUAGAUGGUGAUUGGAAGUUGUUGCUGAUCAAGAAGUACCAGAUGCUGGGCAAGAUACCAUCGCUAAACAUCACAUGCAACAAGAUAACACAGAUUCUCAGUCUCACACUCACACCUGAUGCCGCCAACCAAUUGAGGGAUUCCGAAAUUGAUGUAUGCCCGAAACAUGGGAGAGUAAAGACUGACGUUGCCAGCAAGCUGGUGAACAACUUGGAGAACAUGAGAAAGCCUCUGCAGAAGACAUGGAACCAGUUUGUUAGCGCCGCUGAGACUAUCAAGCCUAAGAAACUAAACUUCAAGAUUCCUCCAAUAACGAACCUUGUUUCUGGAUCUCAACCAACUGGCAACUCUAACUUUUCUAUGCAGCAGCAGCAGAGAGAUGUGAAGGAAAAAGAGCGGUAUGAUAGAAAAAUAUUGGAGGAGCUACAGAGGAUGUUCAGUGAUUCCGAUUCCUUCUAUUAUAGUCCCAAUCCCGGCGCCCAUCUAACUAAUUCCAUACAAAAAACUCAGUUAUUGAAAGAAUCAUUAUCAUCACCACAAUCGUCAUCAUCAUCUAGUGUAGCGACGACAACAACCACCGCUUCUAUCACUACUACUACUACUACAUUGAAUAAGGAAGCAAGCAGCAGUGCAGAGAACAGAACUGCAAACUCGUCACCCCUCAACAGUACAGGCUCUGCUUCAUCGUCAUUGUCGGCUCCUCUAAAACCAUCAUCACUAUCAUCAUCGACUCAUUCAUCCUCAAAUUCAUUGCAAUCAUCACCAUCAUCGUCGUCAUCAUCUUCAUGGAAGUACGCUGAUGAUAAUUUUUUCUGGAACAAGAACAUGCUAGGAGAGCUGAUUAACUUAGCCAAGGUCAACCCGCUAGCCAAUGAAUGGAUAGUUCCCAUAAUUCAGGGUUACGUUCAGAUAGAAGACUGUCCAAUCAGGUUUGACGAUGAGGAUGAUGAUAUCCGUCUGCAGUCGUCAUCAUUAUCGCCACCGACUCUUUCGCUCAAACUCUGCAUCAUAUCCAGGAGAUCCAGGCAUAGAGCAGGAACCAGAUAUAAACGAAGAGGCGUUGAUGACGACGGCUACACUGCUAAUUAUGUUGAAACUGAACAAAACUUGAACCAACAUCCCUACAAGAUUCUGGAGUUCGUCAGUCACGUCGUCUCGUUCGUACAAAUCCGUGGAUCGGUACCUCUGUACUGGAGCCAGUCAGGCAACAAGUACAGACCACCUCCAAGGAUUGAAAGAGAUUUCGACCAGAAUUUCAAAGCUUUCUCGAAGCACAUGCAGUCCGUCGUUAAGACGUAUGACAGGGUUACCAUCAUCAACCUUAUCGAGCAGACAGGGAAGGAGAAAGUAUUGGGUGACGUGUUCCUACAGCAUGUCGUCACGUGCAACGACCCGCGAAUCACCUACGUUACCUUCGAUUUCCACGAGUACUGUAGAGGAAUGAAGUUCGAGAACGUGAGCAUCCUGACGGAGAACAUCAUGCCAAUUGUGAAGGAUAUGAAGUACUGCUGGGUGGAUACGAAUGGGAUGAUUUGCAAACAGCAAGGAGUUUUCAGGGUUAACUGUGUGGAUUGUUUAGACCGCACCAACAUCGUUCAGUCUGCUCUGGCUAGGAUUGUUCUCGAGAUGCAGUGUCGAAAACUGGGCCUACUCUCCCCCGAGAGACAGCUCGGGGGCAACUACAAGACCCUCUACCAGCAGAUGUGGGCCAACAACGGUGACGUCAUCAGCAGGCAGUACGCGGGGACAGCCGCCCUCAAGGGUGACUACACGAGAACAGGUGAGAGGAAGUUCACUGGAAUGAUGAGAGAUGGCGUUAAUUCAGCCAACAGGUACUACAUCAAUCGCGUUCGAGACAUUUACAAGCAGGCGACAGUUGAUCUGAUGCAAGGCAAGCAGGUUGCAUGGGACUCUCUGGACGCAGGUGACGGGCGUGCUGAGAAUGGCGAGUUGUUGGCGGAGGAAGGUCCCGCCCAGAGGGAUGAAGACAUCCAGCUGAUCGUCAACGAUUGCGUCAAGCUGCUCAUCGUCGAACCAGAAGUUUGCACUGGUAGUUGGGGCUUGGUGAACUGUGAUAGGCUGGCCGACAGCUUGGUGGGAGGAACAAGUGAACUGACCAAUCUGCUCGAAAUGGACGUCAUAUUAGUUCUGUCCAAAACUGCUCUUUAUGUUGCCAAUUUUUUUUUUAUUCUUAGUUACGACGAUGACGUCGACAUAGUGACAAGUUACCAGAAGAUAGCUCUCUCCGAUCUCAUGAGGGUGGAGCUAGGACUGAUAACUUUUGCUCCUAAACUCCAUCAAAUCUGCAUGCGGCUGUAUUAUCGCUCAGCCGCCAGGAGCAGAAACAAAGUUGCAAUUGAGGAACCAUUUUUUGAAGUUGUUGACGUUGACGGCGUUGAAGAGAAUGACGUCGGUGGCUCCUGCUGCUUCCACUCGUUUUGUGUCGCUGGCACCAGACUCACAAGUUCUAAUUCCCUUGUCAAUCAUUCGAAAACUGCCGAUGAAGCUAAAGAAACACUUAGGCAAAUUUAUGCUUCCCUGAACAAGAACUGCAGACAGAUUGGGCACUAUUUAGCCAUCGAUGAAACGAAGAUUGAUAGGAAUGUUAGGAGCGGGAUGCACGACAGCAUCGUCAUCAUCUCGAACCAGGCCCAGGACCAAGUUAACGCCAACCUCCCUCCCCCACCAACCAUGUCCGAACUACCGACACCAAUCAACCUACCGUUUAAUAAGGUCCCUUCCAUUGACGAUGAAUCUGGUAACGCAGCUCAGGAGACUGGUGUGCUUGCUAGCGCCGGCGACCUCAAUUUAAUGGACUUCACUGAUUCACACUUCGGAUUGGACGUGCACAGGAAUGUAAGCAACAACAGCACCAACUUAUCUCUGUUGUCAUCUCUUACUACCUCUGACAGUUCAGUUGCUUCAUCAACUGCGUUACCCGUGGUUUCCAGGGUUGGUAGCAGUGGUACAGCUGUCACUUCCGCCUUUGAUACUCCAAGACACUUGAAUAGAACAUCUCUAUAUUUAACCUGCAAAACUCAUCCGACUGUUUCCGACCCAUCCACUUUCACGCCCAUCUCCACAUCCUUGCAACAACACGUUCUUCAGACGAGACAGCUUCACACGAAACUCAGGAACCUAGUGACCUCCAACAUCCAACUCAGCGAUCACGUCUGUCUGGCGGGCUGCGGCAUAAUAGCGACUCGCUCAAAAAAUCAACUGAAAAUGGGUCUGAUCAGAGAAACUGAGUCGUUCUACUCCGUUAGUCUCACUGACAAUCCACUGGUCGUCAAUUGCUUGCUUGGAAAAAUGACAACUCAGACAAGUAAACAGCAAAAUGAUAAAUUGUUGGAACUGGUUCUUGCGGAAAAUGAAUACGUUAGAAAAGGUUUAACGGGUGAUUUGUUCACAACUUGUGUGCAGGCUGAUUCGCUGAACUUGUCACACGGUAAUAAUGAUAGCGGCAGUGGUCUAACCAACCUGCUCGCUAAGAGACCAAUCAUGCUGUCAGAACAGUUGAAGUCUCACUCGCUGGACGCCACCUCAAUGGUGAACCUCCUGAAGGGCAAUCCGAGGUCUCAUCGACGAGCCAUCUACAUUGGUCGCAGUGACAACAUUCCGUUCGGAGGGAUCAUCAGUGGGCUAGCGGAUGGAAAGGUGAAGAUGAGCGCUCUCUUUGAGAAGGACUACCUGGAUGAUGAAGAUGAUGCUCUUAUGAAAUUCACCGAAUUAAACAACGAUAACAACAAAACUUCUACUAAUAAUUAUUGUGACGAAAGUGGGAGUAGGGAUUUUAGAAAAAAUGGAAACCAGGAAUCUGAAAAUAAAAACGUUUUGAUAAAUUUCGACGACAUUUCUGAUACCACGCCACACGCCACACGACAAUUUCCAAUGAAGCAGCAAAUCUUGCCACAACAACUCUCAACUCAGCAGCAACAGUUCUCCAUCAAAAACUCGCACAGCGAGAGUACCCUUAUUCCAAAAUCAUCUAGUUACGAUCUUCUUAACAGCUUGAAUGAAAUGGAAUUUUUUGAAGAACAAACUUCAUCCUCUGCGCUGUCGAAAAUUAAAAGAAAAAUGGCGCAGCUUGCUGUAACGUCAUCAACAGCUGCUGCAGCUAUUACAGCAGCUACAGUAGGUGGACAUGCUUCGAACAGGGGUGCAGCCUUGUUUUCAGGAGUUGAUUCAAAAGGAUUGAGUAGGCAGGCGACAAAUAAUUCAUUGAGAUCGCAACUGAGGUUUCAAAAUUUAAAAUGCAGAAUUAUAUUAUUGUGAUGUCCUCCUUAUUAAAUUGCAUGGUCUUUCUUCGCUAUUGUAAUUAGCCGAUUACUGAUUUCAUUGGUUUGUUUAUAUUUUUUUGUUGCUGCUCCAUUUGCAAAUGAAUUUUUAAGGAAAACUGUCUCUUGAAUUAGUUGAUGUUAUGUAGAUGGCAUGUUUACGUUUGGCAUGAAGUGGUGUAGCAUCGGUUGUAACAUCGAAGAAAUCAAUCACAUGUUUCGAUUGUAUAUACUUGUAUAAUGUAAGCGGAUUAAAACAUGACAAAUAUAGACGCGAGGCUUUCAUUGUAACAUUUUGCUUUAAUUUCCUAUUUUCAUUCCUACCGGGAUAGCAAAUCUAAUCCAGUUUUAGUCAAUUGAGAAAUAGUUUGUUUGGGUUGCGUUUCAUUAUUACGUACCUAUUGAAAUGCUUGCCCUACUUUACGUAACCAAAUUUAUUUUCAAUAAUUUAUUUAUUUAUAUUAUUGCCGUUGUCAGAUAUACUAUUUUUAUGUUUUUUCCUUCUAGUUGAAUGACUUUUAGUUAUUCAGUCAUACCUCGCUAGACCAGACAAAUGCUCACUAAUGUAGUUUCACAAUGAAAAAUAAAUUUUUUAUCGUUAUUCUUUUAGUUAUUGUGAUUGCAUUUGAUUGUCUGGUCUUUGUUACUGUUCCCUACGAUUGCAGUAAAGAACUUGCAUACAAAAAAUUCAUUUUGAGCAUGUUACAUUCCAGUACAUACGCGUGUACAUAGCAUUUCCUAUGAUAAAGUGAAUAAUUUAUUUAACUAUUUAAUCAUUGUGUUGUGCUUUUAGGCUAUUUAAAAUCAAUAUUGUAUAUGAUACGUUGCUGUAUAUUUAUCAUCGCUCGCUCAUUCAAAAAAGAAUGUGAUUAUUCAUCCUAUUUCUAUAGAUUAUAAUUUAUAUAUUAUUUAUUCAUUAUUUUAAUUUUAUGUUUGCAGUUGCGUGCGAUGGUUUAGGUUUAGCAGCUACAGUUUUUUUGUUUUCUGAUUUUAAUUUUAUGCAAAAAAGAAUGAAUAACAUCUCGGAAUUGUUUUUAUGGGAGACUAACAAUGCAGGCUGGAGAUUCUAUUUUUCCAUCUGUUGUUGUUGUUGUUGUUGUCGGUGUUCAAAUCAUUACUUUGACUAUUGAUUUGCGACUACUUCUAUUUUUUGUUUUUUUGAAAAAGAAGAAAAAGAAUAAAAGCUGUGUAUUUUUAUCAGCAAACCUU